AUGGACGGCGACCUGACGGAGGGGCUCCUCUGCAAGAACUCCGGCAAGCGCCCGGAGUCCCCCCCUCCGCUGUCGCCGUCUUCGGGGGACAUUUUCAAGGACCCUACCGACUCCAGCGACUCCAGCACCAGCGGGGCCGCGACGAACCGGGCGCCCGUCCGCGACGACUGCAAGAACCACCAAGAAGUGGUGGUGGCGUCCUCUGCGGCCAGCGAAGGCGAGCACGGGACGGUAUCUACCGGCGAGGAAGAGGAUAAGGAGGCGUCGGGACCCCUUGCUCGCUGGGAAGCCCUGGCGGCAUCCGCUGCUCUCCGGGAGGCGGCGGCGGCGGCGGCGGCAUCUCGCCGGGAGGCGGGGAGGGGCUUCUUUUUCGGCGGGGGGAGAGCAGGAGGUGGCUCGAGCGGCGGGGCCGUUUCGAGCAGGGCUGAGCACCUGAUCCUCGUCCCUCCGCCGGGAGCGGCGGGUCUGAUCCACCGCGCCGAUCACCUGUCCGACUCCUGGAGGACGGACCCCAUCCUCGCCGGCCCUUCGACCGACCUGACGGUCGCGCUGCAGGCGUUCGCCGCCGCACCAGAUGAGAGAACAGCGGCCAGGCUCGAGCAGGCGGCUGCGGCGUUGGACAUUGUUGCAUCAAGCAACACGGAGGAUGGUGCUGUCGCCAAGCAGCUGGCCGCCGAAGCGGCGGCACUUGCGGCCGGCUGGCGGGGAGACGACCGGCAGCGGCAGGGGUCGAGCGCCUUCGAAACGGCGGCCGGUCGGCGGGAACCGGAGCUGCAGGCGCCAGCGUCCUAUUCCACUGAAACUUUGUUGUGCGCCGUGAUCUCUGGCUCAUUGGCCCUGCUUCCAUAUUUGCCCACCCAAGUCCCCAAGCGUUCCCGGAGUGUCUUUGCCGUUCUCUUUGGCAGCGUCUUCGUACUCGCUUCAGUCGGUGUGAUGCUCCUCGUCGCACACAAGAGGUUUGCCAACACUCUGGCGAGAAUCUCUUUUGGAACAUUUACAGUGUUGGUUAUCGCCUUUGUUGGGUUCGCCCUCGGAGGAAGGACAUACAGUUGA